AUGGCUCGUACUAAACAGACAGCUCGUAAGUCAACCGGAGGAAAGGCUCCACGUAAACAAUUGGCCACCAAAGCCGCCCGUAAAUCAGCCCCAUCCACUGGAGGAGUUAAGAAACCACAUAGAUACCGUCCAGGUACUGUUGCUCUUCGUGAAAUUAGAAGAUACCAAAAGUCAACUGAACUUUUGAUCAGAAAACUUCCAUUCCAACGUCUUGUUCGUGAAAUUGCUCAAGAUUUUAAGACUGAUCUUCGUUUCCAAUCUGCUGCUAUUGGUGCUCUUCAAGAGGCUGCUGAGGCUUAUCUUGUUGGAUUAUUUGAAGAUACAAAUCUUUGCGCUAUUCAUGCAAAGCGUGUAACAAUUAUGCCAAAAGACAUCCAAUUGGCUAGAAGAAUUCGUGGGGAACGUGCUUAA